AUGCUUGUAAGUCCCCGACUCGUACUUACGCAAUUGCUCUCGCACAACCCCUUGGCGCAGAUUGAUUAUCAGAAAAUCGCCACCAAAUUCACCGAUCAAGGCAUCCAUGUCUUCAAGAAAGGCACCACUGGCUACAAUGAUAGUAUCAGGCAUGUCCUACAGAAUGGCAGUCGACCAUCUGCAUUCGCAGUCCAGCCAUUGGACGUAGAUCAGCUUGCCAAGACAAUGGUGAUUUUGUCGGAAAAUAGGGUUCCAUUUGGAAUAAAAGGUUGUGGUUCUUCAUGGAACCCGGGCGCCAGCUCAACCAAUGGAGUGCAGAUCUACAUGACCUUCUUUGAUAAAAUUGACUUCAGCAAUGAAGCUUAUAUCGAUGUUGGUGCAGGAUGUCUAUGGGCCCAAGUCUAUGCUGCCAUGGAAAACUCCGGGAAGAAUGUUGUUGGUGGUAUCGGUGGAGUCGCAACCUUCCUGUUGGGUGCCGCUUACUCCCUUAGCAAGUCGAAUCAAUAUGGACUCACUAUCGACCACAUACUCGAAAUGGAAAUCGUUCUACCAAAUGGAAAGGUAAUGACCGUAAAGGAAGAUGGUGAAGGAUCGGAUUUAUUCGAGGCUCUCAAGGGUGGCGGAAAUAACUUUGGAGUCGUAACUAGAUUCAGGCUGAAGACACACGAUCAGGGGCCAAUUUGGGGCGGGACUUUCGUGUUUCGAAAUGAAUGCGAAACGGAAGUGACAAACGCCAUAAAUACGUUCAUUCGUGAGGAGAUGCGCCGUGAAGAGACGCAUCGCGAGCCCUCCUGCCGCGAAGCAGAGUUGUUUGCUACAUUCCGUUCUUUCGUGACUGAUGGUGAAUUAAAGCACGAUAUCUCCGUUACCUGUGUUUACGACGGCCCAAAGCCAGAAAGGAACCCGUGGGCAUCGUUCGUCGGUAUCAGUGAAAAGGCAGGGGCCUUGAAGGAUUCCAGACAGACCAACGGGGUCUCGUAUGAUAUCAACCGGUUGUCCGAUAUCAGGUCAUACACUAUAGUCGAUGCUCUGAUGUCCGAAUCCUUCCCUGGGCCUCAAAAUCAUAACACGCGUGGUCGACUCGGCUGUAUCAUGGUGAAUGGGUACAACAAGGCGCUCAUCAACACAAUUGCCAGCGAAGCCAAGGUAGCAGCACAGGAGAUGAAGACCCGUGGGGGAAAACUGCUUUCGUUUCCUUUUUUCCCUUGCGUUACUUCUAUCUUCAAUAACAGCAAGCCUGCCGCCUGGCCUCAUUCACGCGACCGCGUGAUCGUCCCUCUCUCAGCUUACUUCUUGUGGGAAGGUCAGGAGAAUGACGAAUUCUGGUCUGUUAGGAUGCAAACAACCUUGAAUAACAUCAAGGCGGUGGCUCGUCGAGAGGGUUACAUCUAUGAGGAUUCCCCGGAAUACCCUACUUUGGCUUUCGGGACAACGAACGCGGAAGAAAUCUAUCGAGAAAACUUAGAUAAACUCGUUGCCAUUCGAAAGAAAUACGAUCCCGACAACGUCAUGGGGCUAACCGGAGGAUUCAAAAUCCCCCUUCUCAUCAAGAAGCCGAUCUUAACUAAGAAAACGAGUGGCGCGAAGAAGGGUGAACAUGGCCGCCAGUUGCUGAAACUCUACGACACCGUCGUCAUCGUAGACGACUCUUCGUCUAUGUGCGAGGAGGAUCGCUGGGCUCACGCACAGCAAGCCGUUGAAGGAAUUGCCGAAGUCGCUGCCCAGUACGAUUCCGAUGGCAUCGAUCUGCACUUCAUAAAUAGCACACAAGUUGGGACCAGAUUGACACGGACCGAACAUGUGAUGUACCUGUGCUGCCAGGCGGAGCUCGUUGGUAACACUCAAAUCGGGGCCAAGCUUGGUGCUCUGUUAUGGGAGUAUAUAGCUAAGAUCACCACUGCUCGAAAGCAGGCGCCUUCUAGUCGUUAUUCCAUCAAGCGCAUGAACCUGAUUGUGGUCACGGAUGGUGACACUACAGAUGGAGAUUCUGAUUUCGAUGUUUUGGCAUCGGUGAUUACAGGAGCUGCAAAGAGACUCAAAAGCGAUGGUUGGCCACCCAACCAAGUUGGAAUAAGCUUCGUUCAAGUUGGAAAUGCCGACGAUGCAGAGAAGUACCUUCAACACCUCGACGAUGAUCUUUCCAAACAAAACGAGAUCCCCGACAUGGUCGACACCACUCGUUACCAUCCAGAGCAACUCGAUGACGCCCUCUUGUCUAAAAUAUUGCUGGGAGGCAUCAGCAGGGUUUAUGACCGUGACGUCUAG